CCAGAUCCACACUUACUGUGUGAACAAUCAAAUAAACUAUGUCUCAAUACCCUCCUUCGAUUUCGGCAUCUUCUGGGUCUACAACUUAUUGCCGGAAACAGAAAUCUCUUGGCCUUUUAUGCUCAAAUUUUUUGGGCCUGUAUAAUCGAGACGGAAUUGAAACUGUUGGAUUAGAUGAUGCCGCGUCACGAUUAGGUGUGGAGAGACGGCGGAUUUACGAUAUCGUAAAUGUUUUGGAGAGCGUUGGUGUGCUCGUAAGAAAGGCGAAAAAUACUUAUUAUUGGAAAGGACUUGGAGCUAUACCUAUAGCUUUAGAGCAGCUAAAGCAAGAAGGAUUUAGGAAUAAUGAUGAAUCAGUUGAUGGUAAAUCUGGAAAGGGUUCCGAUGAUGACGACAAAGAUGAAAGAUGCUCCAAUGCAAGUGCUUCUUUGAACAACAAAGUAGAUUUAGAUUCUUCUCAAAAAACUUCUGGGUCGAUUUCAUCAGGUAUAGUAGAUAACCGGAAAGAAAAGUCUCUGGGGCUUCUUACAAAGAACUUUCUCAAGCUUUUCUUAUGCACCAGUUCGGAUAUGCUCUCUCUUGAGGAUGCUGCUAAAAUAUUCCUUGGCGACGCACACAAUCCGUCACUUACAAGAACAAAAGUCAGGCGGCUAUAUGAUAUUGCUAAUGUUUUGUCUUCUAUGAACCUUAUUGAGAAGAUCCAACACCCAGAAACCCGAAAGCCUGCCUUUAAGUGGUUGGGGAUGGCAGGUCAAUCUGUUGGUCAAACAGAUAGUCAAACAGCCGGUAAAACAGUUAGUCAAAUGAGUCAAUUAGUUGGUCAAACAGGAACUGCCAAUGUUGUAGUUCAUAACGAAUCCAAGAAAAGGGUGUUUGGGACUGAUCUUACAAAUGUUACUUUCAAAAGAAGCAAGACUGGUUCACCUAUUCCCGUGGCUGCAGCCCAGAAUGCAAAACCAUUGCCCCGUCUAGGUGAAUGUCAGCUUGUUAAAUCCAACACUAACAGAUGUGGUUCAGUUCACGGUCUUGAACCAGUUGGUCGCUCAGCUCCUAAAAAUGUGACAAAGUCUUGUCAUGGUGAGAGUAACAAAGUUAAUAGGCCCCGUGAUUGGGAAAGCCUAGCCUCAACUUAUCGUCCACAAUAUCACAAUCAAGCUUUGAGAGACCUGUUUGUUCAUUACAUGGAUGCAUGGAAAUCAUGGUAUUCAGAGGUUGCGGAAAUGGAUCCGAUUCAAACAAUUUAGAGUGCAGGGCCAGGAAGUGAUGGCUAGAAACGGCCAUCCUCGGGAGUUGAUAGGAUAGCUAGCCUUACCUGCUGAUCAUAAUAGGAUCCGGGCUUUCUUACCCAAACAAUUGUAUUGAUUAUCUGAUCCAUUUUAUAUAUAAAUGUCCAUUAAAGUGUCCUUUUUUUA